AGGAACGCGCGUUUGCAGGAGGAGGAGUAAAGCGGUGAUUGUGUAAUUAAAUAAUAAAACAAUCCUUAAGUCUGAUUUGGAGAGAGCUCCAGCGGGGUCCAGAGGGUGGAACCGGUGAAUCUUUCAACUUGCAAGUUUUUCAAGGAAAGAAAGCGAGAGAGGGAGGGGGAAAAAGCGCCCAGAACAGAACAGAGGAGUUUGCAGCCAAGCGGGAUCGAUCGUUUGGGAUUUUUUUUCAGGAGGUCCUUCCGAUCCCUUCCACGGGCUGUGGGCAGCGGCACCGGCGGCGGCGGCCGCGCUCGGCGGGUCAGACGCGGGGCGCGGCGGGCGGGCGGCGGCGCGGCCGGGCAGGAGCGCAGCGAAGCCUUCUCCGCCCGCCCCGGAGCUCCGCGCUCGCGCCCCCUCCCUCACCCCGGCCUCUCCCUGCCCCCCUCCCCGCCCCCACCCAGCCCUCUCCGCGCGCGCCCCGCCACCCGCGCGCACUCGCUCGCGCUCCCCCUCCAGCACACACAUGGUCGGCUCGCGGCAAAGUUUCGCCCGCGGUCGCCACUCCCGGAUCCUGCUGCAGUGUUGGCGGCGGUAACCUUGAACUUUCCCAGCGCGGUGACACAUUCUCCUCGCUCUCCCUGCCGCCCGGCCUCCUGCGCCCCCUUCCCCGCCUUUUUUAAAAAAGCAUUUCACCACCCACCACCACCCCAAUCCAACCCACACCGAACCCUCUCGCACCCCAAUUCCACAACAACAACAACAACAACAACUGCAAAACAGAAAACAAAUCUCCCAAACUGGGCGACCAGCAGCCUGCACCAGCGGCGGCUUCGGAGAGCUCGGCCAGCGCACGCGGACCGCAAGAGGGUUAAAAGUGUAGAUUGGAUUUCACCCCGGGAAAUCUAGCACGCCGAGUGAACUUGAAUCUUUGGCUAUUUAAGGAGGACUGGGUUUGUUGCGAAGUUGCGGCGAUCCAGCGCAGAGCCCCGUCCUGAUUGAUCGCGUCGCUGCGCUCAGAUGACUGUAAAAUGAAUAGAUGAAAUCCUUGCUUCUCGAAGAUUUUCUUGGGCAUCUCCGGGAAAGUGCGUUUUAAGGCGAAGUCAUGAUGUAUUCUCCCAUCUGUCUCACUCAGGAUGAAUUCCACCCAUUUAUUGAGGCACUUCUUCCACAUGUCCGUGCAAUCGCCUAUACUUGGUUCAACCUGCAGGCUCGAAAACGCAAGUACUUUAAAAAGCACGAGAAACGGAUGUCAAAGGAUGAAGAGAGAGCAGUCAAAGAUGAGCUGCUCAGUGAAAAGCCUGAAAUCAAACAGAAGUGGGCAUCCAGGCUCCUGGCCAAACUGCGCAAAGAUAUCCGCCAGGAGUAUCGGGAGGACUUCGUGCUCACCGUGACUGGCAAGAAGCACCCGUGCUGUGUCUUAUCCAAUCCAGACCAGAAGGGUAAGAUUAGGAGGAUCGACUGCCUGCGACAGGCAGACAAAGUCUGGCGUCUGGAUCUAGUCAUGGUGAUCCUGUUCAAAGGCAUCCCUUUGGAGAGUACCGAUGGAGAGCGGCUCAUGAAGUCCCCACACUGCACAAACCCAGCACUUUGUGUCCAGCCUCACCAUAUCACAGUAUCAGUUAAGGAGCUUGACUUGUUUUUGGCAUACUACGUGCAGGAGCAAGAUUCUGGACAAUCAGGAAGUCCAAGCCACAACGAUCCUGCCAAGAAUCCUCCAGGGUACCUUGAGGACAGUUUUGUAAAAUCUGGAGUCUUCAAUGUAUCAGAGCUUGUGAGGGUAUCCAGAACACCCAUAACCCAGGGAACUGGAGUCAACUUCCCCAUCGGAGAAAUUCCUAGCCAGCCAUACUAUCAUGACAUGAACUCUGGUGUGAACCUGCAGAGGUCGCUGUCCUCGCCACCGAGCAGCAAAAGACCCAAAACUAUAUCCAUAGAUGAAAAUAUGGAGCCAAGUCCUACAGGAGACUUUUACCCCUCUCCAAAUUCACCAGCUGCUGGAAGCCGAACAUGGCACGAAAGAGAUCAAGAUAUGUCUUCUCCAACUACAAUGAAGAAGCCCGAGAAGCCACUGUUUAGUUCUACAUCUCCACAGGACUCUUCCCCAAGACUGAGCACUUUCCCCCAGCACCACCAUCCCGGGAUUCCUGGAGUCGCGCACAGUGUCAUCUCAACUCGAACUCCACCUCCACCCUCACCGCUGCCGUUUCCAACGCAAGCUAUCCUUCCUCCAGCCCCGUCAAGCUACUUUUCUCAUCCAACAAUCAGAUAUCCUCCCCACCUGAAUCCUCAGGAUACUCUGAAGAACUACGUACCUUCUUAUGACCCAUCCAGUCCUCAAACCAGCCAGCCUAACAGCAGUGGUCAAGUAGUAGGGAAAGUGCCUGGACAUUUCACUCCUGUCUUGGCACCCUCUCCCCAUCCCAGUGCAGUGCGACCUGUGACCCUGACCAUGACAGAUACUAAACCCAUCACUACAUCCACUGAAGGUGAGGCAGCUUCACCUACAGCAACCACCUACACAGCCUCAGGCACAUCUCAAGCCAAUCGAUAUGUGGGACUAAGCCCAAGAGACCCAUCUUUCCUGCAUCAGCAACAGCUGAGGAUUUGUGACUGGACCAUGAAUCAAAACGGCAGGCAUUUAUACCCCAGUACCAGUGAGGAUACAUUGGGAAUUACUUGGCAAAGUCCUGGUACCUGGGCUAGCUUGGUUCCUUUUCAAAUGUCAAAUAGGACACCCAUCUUACCGGCAAAUGUCCAAAAUUAUGGUCUGAACAUAAUUGGAGAGCCUUUCCUUCAAGCAGAGACAAGCAACUGAGGGGAAAGAAACACAACAGCAGCAUAAGAAAACUUAGGGGGAGAACACUCAACAAAGAAAAAGAGGAAGACUGGACAAAAGGGAGAAAGGAGAGAAAGAGAAGAAAGAAGACGGCAGACCGGCCUGGCAGCGCGAAUGGCUGCCAGCUCCCUUAAGGUUGAAACUAUAGUGACACGAAAGGGUCAAUGAUAUCUCACUGCAGCCCCUGCAAGUAGCCUUUGUUACAUGAAGUCCGCUGGGAAGUAGAUGUUCUGUCUCUAAGACAAUAUAUUUUAACUGACUUUCUAGAUGCCUUAAUAUUUGCAUGAUAAGCUAGUUUUCUUGGUUAGUUUUCUCGUUGUUUACGCAUGGAGUCACUAUUCCUGGUUAUGUCACCAACGAAGGCUAGGAGGCGGCGUCAGAGGGGCUGGGGACAGAGCCAUGAGCCAGCCAGUUUAUAAGCACUCUGAUUUCUAAAAGUUAAAAAGUAUAUAUAUAUAUAUAAAAUCUCUGUAGCCUUUAGUUAUCCGUACAGAUUUAUUAAAUUUUGGCCCUUAACCCAGCCUUUUCCAGUGUGUAACCCAGUUUGAAACCUUAAAAAAGAAAAAAAAAAAAAAAGAAAAACAGAAAAAUAGGGAAAAAAACGGUUUGAACUCGAAGGCUCUAUGGAAGAAAUGCCUCUAUGUGGGUGAAGGGUUACCUCUGCAUGCAACAGUAAAAAUUAAUAUAAUAUUUUCCCCACAAAAGGAACACUUAACAGAGGCAAGUGCAAUUUAUAAAUUUAUAUCUAAAGGGGAAUCAUGAUUAUAAGUCCUUCAGCCCUUGGACUCUAAAUUGAGGGGAUUAAAAAGAAUUUAAAAUAAUUUUGAGCGAAUUUAUUUUCCCCUCAGUUUUUGAGGGCAUUUAAAAAGGCAUUAAAUCAAGACAAAUCAUGUGCUUGAACAAAAAAAAAAAGAAAAAAAAAGAGAAAAAAGAAAAAAAAAAGAAUGAAAACACAGCACUUAGGUUGGCUUAGCUGCAGCCUCCUCAGAGGUCGAAUUAUUUAUUUAAAAUUACUGGUUGCAUCAAGAACCCGUAGGGUGUACAAAUGGUUCUAUAAAAUCUUCAGCAUAGAGACAGAGAGGCAGGUAAAUCCAUGUCACAGGGUACAGCUUCCACUGGAGGAGGGCGGGAACCGCGCUCUCAGACAAGCGCCAUCAGGGUGCUGGAAACAUGCAUGGUGCUUUCAGGCAUUGGCCUUGUUCAACACGUUUCUCGCAUUGACAGAUCCGUAGUGUGCAUGGGCAGACACAUGUUGCCUCCGUGUCUCUUAAAAUUUUAAUGAAAAGUACUCUUUCCAGUAAUCCUAAUUUGCACGAAGAUAUAAUGUCCACAUUACGUGCCUUGCCUUGAAAUCUAAAAAAACAAAAGACAAAAAAAAAAAAAAACACAAAAGUGACAUCACUACACUUGUUUUGCUGCAUUUAUUAUCGUUUUAAAUCUUUACCAUUUUUAUGACAAAAUAUUUUGUACUCCAGACGAAGAAAAAUGUGUGACAUCAUGGAUUUUUUAGACAGUUACACCUUUAUCUCACAUUUAUAAAGCAUAUCAUGGCUGUGUAUAGUUGCCGCUUAAAAAUUGUAAUCGACCAGCAAUAUUUUCAGUAUUUUGGUGUUUUUUCUAUUAACCUUUCAUGUUUUUCAUCUUCCAAUUAAUAUUUGGGGGGAGGGGUUUCAAAUUUAUACGAAUUAUGCAAUACCAAGUUUUGCCUAUGUAGGUAGUGCUUUUAGCUGUAUUGGUUAUUAUAGGUAAGUACACAGAGUUAAAAAGAAAUAAUGUAUGCUUUUUUGUUUGUUUGUUUAUUUGUUUGUUUGUUUUAAUUGACCAAAGUGGGCACUGCUAUUUUUGCAGUGUGAUGAGGUCCUUUUGUGUACUGAGAGAUGGACAGGGGAUUUUUUUUAAUAUACAUAUAUAUAUAUACACAUAUAUAUAUAUAUAUAUUCAGGGGUGGGUGGGAGGAUUUUUAACCCUUUACAGUGUAGCUGUGAAGCACCCUGAGAUGGGCCUGGCUGCAAAGCAACUCUUCUGCCUACUGUGACAAAGGUCAACUUACACAGGUUCCCCCCCCUUCCCACCUGGGGUGCAAGCUGAACUCAUUUCUGGUUUUCAAGCUAAGAAAAUGGGAAGAGAAAGCAAGCACAGCGAAGCCUCUUGGAGGCGCACUUAGAAGAACUGCCCCGUCUUCUUUUAGUUGUUGAUAGUUUCUCCUGAAAGCCCCGGAUCCACAGUGGAAAGUGAGCCUGUCUCAUCUCUGGCAAAGACAUUUCCUGAGGUGCCCACAUAGCAGAUGUUGGCUGUUUCACGCUUGUGAGUGUGACACAGGAAUAAGCCUUCCUCUAGCAAACACAUUCUCCCUUCUGGAGGGAGCGCUCUCCUUCCCAGCCCUGUUUCAUUUUAUUACUGACAGGAUGUGAUAUUCCUGGACUUACUACUUCAAGUGGGUGGCAAUGCACUUGAGGUUUUGUUUUUUGACACCCAGAAGGCUGACUGGAGAGAGAGUUACUCAUAUUGAAUGUAUUUGGACUGAUAGAUUAAAAUCAAAGUUCAGUUUUUAAGGAGAAAAAAUAAGUAAAUCCUUUCAUUUUACUUGCCCCUGUAAACUGAAAACUAGAGCAAAGAGAAAUAUAGAAUUCUAAGCAUCUAAUUUUCCUGUGGAUGAACUAGGCCUGUUUGGUAAUGAUGAGAGGGACUUCCUUUCUAAGGGGUGGUAACUUCAAGUAUAUAUUUGAGUUCAUUUUCUCUGAGGAGCUAGAGGUGAAUGGAGGCCAAUUUUAUUUUGUCUUCUUUUCAGCCCUCCCUGGUUCUAUCGAGUGUAUUCCUCACUCCAAGGAGAUCUUUCAGAAUUAGUGACGCACACAGUAGGCUGUCAAGAAGCUCUUUUGACCCCACCCCCAGGCCAUGGCCUAAUAAAAUAAACUGUCAAGUGUAUGCAUAGCAGAUCAUUUAAUAUUGAGUACUUUAGAAAAAUGUUCUUCGGCCUGAGAAUUAAAUCUGACUUGUCCGUUUAGUUUGAUGCCCACACACCAGGUAGCACAGUGGGGUUCUGGGGCACAGGUUCCGAGGAAGGCCCACCAUGUCUGCGAGACUUGCUCUGCAGAUAACAGAUCCUCUCAGCCAAGCUCUUAGUGUAUUUCUGACCUAUUUGGUGAAGAGUGCAACCCUACAGGACACAGUAUUCUUUCCAGGGAGACUCCUCCCCUUCUCACCAGUGAACCAACAAUCCUAGCUAAAUUAGGCGUCACACUGCCUGCCUCUCGGGUGCAGAGGCCUCCCUUGAGCAAGUGUUCCUUCUUUUUCUAGAUCAAUUUUUCUUCUUUUCUUUUAAGAUAAACUUAUUAAAAAGCACUACUAUAGAUAAUCUCAAAUCCACUUUUAGCCUUCUAUUCUUUUUUUUUUUUUUAAACCAGGAAGUAUAUUCUGACGGGCCCCACUUCUGCAGGUCUUGCACGCCCCUUCCUUACCCAGACUGCAGAGCUUCAGGAUGGUGAAGGUCACCCAAGGGCAUCUUUAGGGGCUGGUGUCUCCAGCUCCCAGCUCAUGGCACUGUCCAGCCUUGGUUGUACUGCUUGGUAGCCCACCACUCACUGUGCCUCUGACGUGUGUUUUCCUGGAGUGACAUGACCAGUCGAGCUUGCCCAAGGAAAAAACAAAAAAAAAAAACAAAAAAAAAAAGAAAGAAAGAAAACCGGAGAGGCAGUGAAGGAGACUGUACAUAAAGACAUGGCAAAACCUUAAUUAUAGCAAUAUAGUUACCAGGUAAUGUUCGGGUGGGCAGCUCCAUUAAAAAGUAUGUGAAUGAAUCUGUGAAGCUGCGAGUAGCGGGAAGAAUGAGGUCUUCUUAAUGAACCGCCUACCUUGUAGACAGUAAUUUGUACACUGUAUAGUUUUGUUAAGAAUUUUUUUUAAAUUAAAAUUCCCAUGUUUGUAAAGCUAACUUUUUAACAAUUAUAAUGGAACUGUAUGUUGUUUCCAUUUUUAAAGUAAACAAGAAUAUUCCUUGUUUAGAGGCUGGACUUGAGUUAAAACUCUCCAGGCUCUUAAGUUAUGUAUUAAAAAAAAAAUCUGUCCAUGUUAGGAGAUAUUUCACAGAUUCCUGUGCUUGAAAAGCAUAGGACGCUAAUCCUUUUAAAAAAAUGUAAAUGGAGAAAAGUUAUAUUUUAUGAAGGUUAUUUUGUUGUAUUUAGUAUUGGAAAAGUUGGUUUUCAGAGCAUUUCAGAAUGUCGGAAGCACCACUGUCCUUUUAUUAGUAUAUAAGGCCUUUAGCGAACAUUUUUUUCUCUCUCUUUUUUUGUGAUUAUUCCAUGAUGGUAUUUAAGGUUAAGUUUCACAGAGCAUUCAGGAUAGGCAGAAAACAAACAGUGCUAUGUCUCACACAGCGUGUCCUCAGGGAGCAGGAUCUUGGAUUUGUGACUUGUAGCUUCAGAAGGGCUCAGCAGAGGAAGAGACUGCUUGGGAGCAUCUGGAGCAGCCGAGCAGGGUGUGCCCUCUACCUAGACGCAGGUUCUAUGUACUGUGUGAGACAGUGAAGGCUGCGGAAAGCUACCCCCAUCAGCGGACAGUAUUCAUUCUCCGUAAGACAACACUACAGUCUUGCUGGCAGAUAGGCCCCAAGCAUGACAUUCAAUAUAGUUUACAUGUUCCUGACAAGGUUUGUGUUGACAUUAGCCAGCUGCAUGCUU